CUCUUUUUUUUUUGUGUUCAGGAAGUUCUGACUUUUCCUCCCAGCUAAAGAUUUUGUUUAUUCGGCCAGAGCUGGUCAGAGUCAGAAGUGAAUUAGACAAAGGAUGAAAACCAGUUUGGAACGUGUGGGAGAUUAAAGGUGACACAGGACAGCAUUUUGUGUCACAGAGUCAAGAAACAGUUAAAAGAACUAAGAGACAUUUGGAGAAUUUGAACAGAGACAGUCUUUUAAAAAGACAAAGAGAGGAGAGAUCUGGGAAAAGUUACAGACCUCAGACGUGUGGAUGAGAAUAAAGAGAGUCAGGAAUAAAGAUAUUCCCUGUAAAACAAGGAGAAAACUUUUAAAAAGGGUAAUACAAAUUGUGACAACGUGAUCUUGAGAGUGAGCACUGUCAUGAAGUCUUGGCUGGUGCUCACUCUACUUUUCGUUGGGUAUGUGGCAUAUCUUUUACUCGGGGCAUUGGUAGUAUCCACCAUUGAGAAGCCAUAUGAGGAAAACCUACGAGAUGAACUCAGAAGGCUCAAGAUUGAAUUCCUACAGAUGAGCCCGUGUGUCAACGAGAGCAGUCUGGAGCACUUUUUGGAAAAAGUGAUAAAUGCCAACAAAUUUGGGGUGUCCGUCCUUUAUGAAGCUUCAAAUGAUAGUAAUUGGGACUUAGCAUCAUCUUUUUUCUUCUCCAGCACUUUGGUAACCACAGUAGGAUAUGGAUACACCACUCCACUGUCGGAUUCGGGUAAAGCCUUCUGUAUUUUCUAUGCCUUGGUUGGCGUCCCAUUCACCUUACUUGUCCUAAGUGCCUUCAUACAGCGGCUCAUGAAGUUCUUGACCUACAGACCUAUAAGUUACUUCCAUAGCCACUGGGGCUUUGACCGCAAGCGUGUCACCAGGGCACACGUCUUGAUUAUGGCAGCAUUGGUGCUGAUUCUGUUCCUAAUUGUUCCAUCCGCCAUCUUCAGUUCCAUCGAAUUGUCAUGGACUUUCCUUGAUGCAUUCUACUUCUGCUUUAUCUCACUGUGUACCAUUGGACUUGGAGACUACGUCCCAGGGGAGCAAAAUUACCAGUUUCUCCGAUCGCUAUACAAGGUUUCCGUUGCAUUUUACCUAUUCCUUGGCCUUAUGGCCAUGCUGCUGUUACUCCAGACUUUCCAUAAAGCUGCUGAUCUUCAUGGAGUUACGGAUCUCUUCUACCUACCUCACUUGCCUGACCAUGAGGAAGACCAAGAACCCAUUUUUGAACCGGCCAACUCAUCAGAAAAACCUAAUGAGCCCAAAAAACCUUUAUCUAGUGCCAGCCAGCCAUCUUACUCAACUAUCAACCGGUAACACUGACCUCAAGCAAGUCACCAGAAAGUUAUGUGGAACUUUGGAACUUAAGAGGCCAAUGGCGACGAUUCUCUUUAUUUUUUUUUAUUUUUUAUUUUAAAUAUAUAUGUGAUAUGAAUACUCAAAAGGCCACUUUUUCAUCUGUGCUAUGUUUUUGGUUAGAAGUAAGUAACAAAACCAGAGGAACCUCAAAAAAAAAGAAAUGAUGAGUAUGCCUAGAGUCACAUGACCCAAAGCUAGCCACAUGACCAAAAGCUAGUCACAUGACCCAAAGCUAUAGCAUAACUAUGAAGAAAUUGUUGUAUUUGAAAGUGACACAUGUAUUGGAUUAAAGGGUCAGUCCUAUGUUGAAUUAAAA